CCGUGGAUCAUUCUUUACAAAUCAGAUUGUUUUAGAGAGAGAAACUGCAUUUUUUUAGUGAGAGAAACUACUGACAUUGUUAUGGGAGGUGGAGGCGGUUCAAUCGGAGGAGCGAUUGUGCCGUCGGUGAAGUCCGGACUGCCUGCACCGUCAUCGGAACUACCAGCUCCUGCUCCGAUUCCGCCACCACCGGUAUAUCAGCUACAUCCGCCGCAAGUUCCGGCGUCUGAUCGCGCGGUGGUGGAGGCGGAGGUUAGGGAGGAUGAUCGAGAGGCGGCGGAGACGGAUAAAGAUUUGCUGUGUCCGAUAUGCAUGCAGAUAAUCAAGGAUGCCUUUUUGACAUCAUGUGGUCAUAGUUUCUGUUACUUGUGCAUUGUGACGCAUCUUCAGAACAAGAGCGACUGUCCUUCUUGCGCAAGUUAUCUCACCACUAAUCAAAUUUUUCCUAAUUUUUUGCUUAAUAAGCUAUUAAUCAAAGCUUCAGCACAUCAUAUAGCAAAACAUGCUUCUCCUACUGAACAGCUUCGUCAAGCACUUCAACAGGGAUGUGAUGUGUCUGUGAAGGAGGUGGACAUCCUCUUGGUUCUUCUUGCUGAGAAGAAAAGAAAAAUGGAGCAAGAAGAAGCCGAGACAAAUCUGCAAAUUAUGCGUGAAUUUUUGCAUUGCUUACGAAAGCAAAAGCUUGAAGAGCUAAACGAGAUACAAAAUGAUCUUCAGUACAUUAAAGAAGACAUAAAUGCUGUGGAGAGACAAAGAGUAGAGCUGUAUAGAGCAAGAGAAAGAUACUCGGUAAAACUAAGGAUGCUUUCUGAUGAUCCUAAUGUAAGAUCAUCAUGGCCUUCAUUGAUCGACAAACGUAACAGCAGCAAUAUGUCUAUUGGAAACAGUGUUAGAGGAGGCCAAUUUUGGGUGGGUGGAGGUGCUUCACAAAGUAGGGCAGCUGCUGCUGCUAAUGUAGAAGCUCCUCCUAUAACCUCUCAACCACUUCAAAGAAAGGAUGCUUGCAGUGGGGCAGAUUCACAGAAUACUACUCAACCAGGAGUAGCUGUAGCACGAAAGAGGCGUGUUCAUGCACAGUUCAAUGACUUGCAAGAGUGUUACUUGCACAAACGGAGAUAUUGGGCAAAACACGGUCAGAAGCAGGAAGAAAAGGAUUCUAAUCAUGUACAAAGAGAAGGUUAUCAUCAUCAUCAUCAUCAUCCAGGACUUAAGGAUUUUCAAUCUGUGCUUUCUUCUUUUACACGAUACAGUCGGUUACGGGUUGUUGCUGAACUUAGGCAUGGGGAUCUUUUCCAUUCAGCCAAUAUCGUAUCAAGUAUAGAGUUCGAUCGAGAUGAUGAAUUUUUUGCUACUGCUGGAGUCUCACGACGUAUUAAGGUGUUCGAUUUUGCUUCUGUGGUGAAUGAACAAGAAGAUAUACAGUGUCCUAUAGUGGAAAUGCCAACGCGUUCCAAACUUAGUUGUUUGAGCUGGAAUAAGUACACUAAAAGCCAUAUAGCAAGUAGUGAUUAUGAGGGCAUUGUGACUGUAUGGGAUGUAAAUACUCGCCAGAGUAUUAUGGAGUAUGAGGAGCAUGAGAAACGAGCAUGGAGCGUUGAUUUCUCACGCACUGAUCCUACAAUGCUAGUUUCCGGAAGUGAUGACUGCAAGGUAAAGAUUUGGUGUACAAAACAAGAAGCAUCCGCUCUUAACAUUGACAUGAAAGCAAAUAUCUGUUCAGUCAAGUACAAUCCCGGAUCUAGUUUUCAUAUCGCAGUAGGCUCCGCAGAUCACCACAUCCACUACUACGACCUGAGAAACAUAAGUCAACCACUUCACGUAUUUAGUGGUCACCGAAAAGCCGUUUCGUACGUAAAAUUCGUCUCCAACACCGAGCUCGCUUCUGCCUCUACAGACAACACAUUACGCUUGUGGGACGUCAAACAAAACAUCCCGUUGAGAACGUUUAGAGGACACACAAACGAGAAGAAUUUUGUGGGGCUAACAGUGAGUAACGAUUACAUAGCGUGUGGCAGUGAGACUAAUGAAGUUUUUGUCUACCACAAGGAUAUUUCAAGGCCUGCUGCAUGGCAUAGGUUUAGUUCUGAGACAAAUGAAGGAGGGGGAGAUGAUCCAGGAUCAUAUUUCAUUAGUGCUGUGUGUUGGAAAACUGAUAGUCCAACUAUGUUAACAGCAAAUAGUCAAGGGACAAUCAAGGUUCUUGUCCUUGCUGCAUAGUGCGUAAAUAUAUAUAAAAAACAAACCGAUUAAACAUUAAACCCGAUUUUUACAGUGUUUGGGAUCAGAGUCCUGAUGCUUUAAACACAAAAACAGCUCCAACAAUGUAAUCUGUAUUGACCCAAAAAAAUAGAGAUGUUAGGAUUGAUUUCAUUAAUCAGUUGUGAUGUACUAGGGUAGAAUCAAAAGAGAAGAUACAGAUGCGUUAAACCUAAAAUGGAGGAAAUAGAAAACUAUUUAUGCCUAGGCUAAGAAAGGGAAAAUGACAUUACAAGCCAUCAUACUAUACAAAGAAACAUAUACUUCUAACACCCUUUUCUAAAACUCCAUAAUUAAUAGCUUGUGGGGUCUUGGUCCCAUCACCCAUGACUUACAUUGUAAAACAUCAACUUCACCCAUCAAAAACCAGGAAUAGCAUUUUAUCCACUGUCCAAAGACAAAAGUCCUUUUGAUCAAGAAGACAUCAGUAAAUUCAAAAAUAGUUUUCAAUGUGCAACUAUUAAGAAUAAUUGGUGGUAUUACAAUCGUCUCGUUGGUUCAACUGAAUAUGGGAUCAAAAUGAGAUAUCUUUCUUCAUGGAUUGAAAUCAGUUGAGUUGAUCCAUCAAACUUGUUGUCAUUUUCUAUUUGAAACGUAUAAAUAAUUAAAUAUUAUAUCAUUGAAAAAGCAAUAUAGUAAUUUCAUGACAAAACUGUAAACAUGGCCCCUAUGUUAUGUAUUUUUUUUGAGGUUUAGUCAAAAUCUCAACUUUUUUUGGCUUCAUGGUCCCUUUGACCUAGUUUCAUUGCGUUUUUGGUCCCUCGGAAAACUAAAAAGACUAUUAUACCCUUAGCAUAUUUAUUUUUCAUUUUUCUUUUUUUUUUCUUAAAUAUUUUAUAAUUAGAAAAUAUACAAAGGUCUCUCUCUCUCUCUCUCUGAAUACACACAUCAAUAUGAAUCUGAAGAACACUCGUUUUUGUUUUUUCUGUGGUGAUGAAUACACAAGAAUACAAAUCUCAAGAACACUUUUUCCUGAUUUCAAGAUUAAGAACAUCACAUUCACAAACCCAGAAAUCAUUCACAAACCUAUAAAUCGUUUUUUAAUGAUUUUCAAAAAAUCAUUUUUUUUCGGAUCUGAUGAACUGCCCGUCACCACCACCUGAAUCGAUUUCUGCUAUGAAACCUACACCUAAACUUGAUCUGAAUCAAUUUCUUAUCUGAAGCCUCCCCCUAUCCGUCUAUGGAUCUGAAAACCCUUCUCGGAUCUGUUCAAGCCCUAGGUGGUCACAUGAAUGUUCACACACACUUGCAGAUCCAACAUUGUAACAGAUAAGAAACACAUAAAUGCUAGCUGACAAAAGCAUAGAAGUAAUGCAUUGAUUUUGAACUGAAAUUAGAACUAUAAUCUGGAGUCGUUUUCUCAAAGAAGAGGGAAAAACAGAAGAACGAUGCUAAUCCAUCGAUUUUAAUUAUUUGAACUGAUUUCCAAGUCAACUUGAUGAAGAAAACGAAAAGCUUCUCACAGUAAGAUUUAAAGACCCAGAUUCGUACCUUCAAUUGGCGAAGAACACGGAGAGCUUCUCACCAUUUUGUUCAAGACUUCUUGGUGGGUUGUGGGUGUUUAUGGUGACUGGAACAAGGCGGUUGUGUAUGGUGCUGGUGAUUGGGAACUAUCGUUGUUACUUGAUGCGGUUUAUUGGCCUAAACUUAAGAAGAUUUACACAGGGUGCCAAUGAAAAUAUAAAAGAGGUGAAAAAAAAAAUCCACCUCAUGUGUUCGAUUUUGGUUGAAUCUGUUGAAGGGUUUUGUGAAGAAUCAAAAGUAAUGCAAAACCCUGGAAGGGUUUUUAUAUUUGCAUUAUAAAUCUGUACAGGAAUGGCCGAAUAUCAAAAGCUUAUUAUACGGAAUCCCAUUUUUUUUAGAACGAGUUGGAGGAGUAGGCAUUAUUGGUGGAGAUGAAGCAAUAAAUUGGGGUUUGUCGGGACCCAUGCUACGAGCUUCCGGAAUACAAUGGGAUCUUCGUAAAGUUGAUCAUUACGAGUGUUACGACGAAUUUGAUUGGGAAGUCCAAUUUUGGAAUAUUGAGGACGAGAUUUGAUAAUGGGUAAAAGGAAAUUAUGUAAUUGUGGAGAGAGAAACCCUAAACUAUUGAGAGACCCC